AAUUAAUCUCAUCGUACAAAGUACAGAGCGAUCUUUGGAGAUAAUAUUAUUAAAUCCGGUCGGAGACGACGAGACUAAAAACUUCGCCGGGGAGUUUGUUCCGGUACCGGAGUUUUACUUUUGAAGUCGUGUUUUCUAGUUUCUUCUCCCACCAAACAAAACCCCCUAGAUUUAGAGAUUCUGUUUCCGGAUAAGGAAGUAGUUGAGUUUGAUCGGUUUGUUGUCUCUUAAAAUUCAUCAAAUCACAGGAAGAAAAAAAAAUGGCGUUUCUUAAGGCAGCGAUUAUUGUUGCCCUAAUCUGCAAUUUCCUCUCAGUUACUUCUUCUGUUCCUUUCGUAGUGCUACAUGGAAUUGGGGAUAAAUGCAGUAAUGCAGGAGUGAAACAAUUCACAGAGCUUUUAAGUGAUUGGUCUGGUUCUCAAGGAUAUUGCUUGGAGAUUGGGAAUGGCUCAUGGGACUCAUGGACCAUGCCCCUCCUUGAUCAGACAUCUGCUGCUUGUGACAAGGUGAAAAGUAUGCCUGAGCUUAAUGAUGGUUACAGCAUUGUGGGGCUUUCUCAGGGUAACAUGAUCGGUCGAGCUCUCAUUGAGUUUUGCGAUGGAGCACCACCUGUUAAGAAUUUUGUAUCGGUAGCGGGUCCUCAUGCUGGUACUGCAUCGAUUCCUUUCUGCGGCGCUACCUGGAUUUGCAUCAUGUUGGACAGUAUGAUCAAAGCAGAGAUCUAUAGCGACUAUUUGCAGGAACAUUUGGCUCCUAGUGGUUUUCUCAAAAUCCCAACUGUAAGUUGUUUUCCUGUUAAAGGUUUAGNGUUUUGUUUCUCUAAUCAAAUUGGAACUGCGACUACUGUUCUGUCUAAUUAUAACACUCACCACACGCUUAAGCCGCGCGUGGAUAAGACAAGCCAACUAAAAGUCAACUAA